GGUCAAAGACCUCGAAGGCUUCGGCCGACACCGCCAGCCUCGAGUCUGAGGGCUCCGCGCUCAAGAGUCCAUCGGCCACCUCCCGGGUCCUGAACCGCGGCUCGGCAGGCAGCAUGCCCCAGACACCCUUGACGCCCAUGUCACCACAGCUGUCACGGGUCAACCUCCCUAAGCCACCUGACCCGACAUUGGAUGCUGCAGGCUACCUCCGCAGCCUGGGAAGCGUCCGCGAGCGUUGCCUGGUGAUCACAUCUAAAGCAUUCCACAACAAGCUCAGCCAUUUCGAUGUCGAUCUGUCAAAGUUCCCAGAUGUCGUUCGCUUUGUUUGCCAGAUUAUCAAGCGUGAUUAUGAUGCUCCUUUCACAAGCAUUCCUAGUCAUGGUCGCUACCAACAUUUCAGCGUCGGUGGGAGAGAUCGGAUUGCCAACCUUCUGGCCACUUUUGACCACUCUGUCGACAACACCGAGAAGUGCAGGCGACUCAUGGACCUCUUCCUUGUGAGCGUACUCCUUGACGCGGGAGCCGGUACGACUUGGUCAUUCAAGAGCGCAGAGAACGGCAGGAUAUACAGACGAUCGGAAGGUUUGGCCAUUGCCAGCCUCGAAAUGUUCAAAUCUGGAUUGUUCUCUGGAAAUCCUGGCAACAAAUUCCAGGUCGACGCCAUAGGUCUCCAGAAGGUUAAUGUGGAGCAGCUGGCCAAAGGCUUGCAGUCGCGCCCAGGCAACGAGCUCGCGGGCCUGGAGGGCCGCACGCAGGUUCUUUCGAAACUAAGCGAGGCUUUGGCGGAGAAGCCGGAGCUCUUUGGUGACGAAGGCCGUCCAGGCAACUUGGUUGACUACCUGCUUGCCCACCCCACAACUCAGGCGUCCUCAACACCAGUUGUCAUCCUUCCUGUUCUCUGGAAUGCCCUCAUGGCUAGCCUCACACCAAUUUGGCCUACCACACGGACCGCGAUUGACGGCAUUCCUCUGGGCGAUGCUUGGCCUUGCUCAUCGAUGCCGCAGCCGGCCCCUGCUGCGUCUUCGCCUACAUUUUCUCCGUUCCCCAACUCGGGCGGCUCUUCGUCGCCAGCGCAGUGGGAGUCGAUCUUGCCGUUCCACAAGCUGACGCAGUGGCUUACAUACUCACUGAUGCAACCCAUGCAGAACCUGCUAAAGAUCCAAUUCGCCGGCACGGAGCUGCUCACUGGUCUGCCGGAAUACCGCAACGGAGGCCUGUUCAUCGACAUGGGUGUCCUGACCUUGAAGGCAGAUGAUACGGAACGGGGUCUGCAGAACUAUGCCGACUACUGCCGCCGCACAAAUACCAAGGCUGUUGAAGUUGCGCCGAUGUUUGAGCCUAGCGACGAUGUUAUUGUGGAGUGGCGCGGCGUGACCGUUGGCCUGCUUGACAGGCUCCUCAUCGAGGUCAACAGGACACUGCGGCCGGACUUGAACGGUGGAGAGUUGACUCUUGCUCAGCUGCUUGAAGCUGGUAGCUGGAAGGGCGGUCGCGAAAUCGCCGAAGUGAGCAGGCCCAACACCAAGGAACCGCCGAUUUUGAUCGAUUCCGAUGGUACCGUGUUCUGAGUGACAGGGCAUGGUUCUUGGAUGUUAACUUCUUGUAUAUCUUGUUUUUUUCCUCACAAGCAUCGCACCGUUUUUGGGCUCCAGCUGGCUUGUUCGAUUGCUCACCUCUCCCGUUUAGCCACGCCUCGGGUUCUUAAUGUUGGAUGCUACGGGAUGUCACUGUGCUACUUCUCCACCUCUCUUUUUGUUCCAUUCUCGUGUCCAAUUUUCUCAUGGCUCAACAAACAGCCACGGCGCACCCUUGAUACCAUCAAAAACAAAAACCGACAUGUAACCAGUCCGACGGAUGCCUCCUUUAAUGGAAGGUGCCACGUCAGAACUGUGUAUAUUUAAAGGAAUAUGGGCAAAGAAUGCCUCAUUUGAGCUGCACGAGCUUGCGUAGUGUUUUCAAACGCUCUUAAAAACCCGCAUCAGUGAUAGAUAUAGUGUAGCCAGAAUACGCAAGAGCUCCAAGCACACGCAAGUUGUUGGAGACCAUCAA